AUGGCCACUGCUGGAAUGGCCACUGCAGCAGUUCUUGUUGGAGGGUUUCUAGCAGCCUCUGUAUUUUCUGCAACCAGUGUUGUAUUUGUAACAACUGUAUAUGUUGCAUGGCCCAUAGCGAAACCAUUUGUUAAACUUUUUCUAGGUAUCAUAUUCGGUAUAUUAGAGAGGAUUUGGGAUAAUCUAGUUGAUAUGUUCAGUGAUGGGGGGAUUUUCUCCAAGUUGUAUGAGUUUUACACUUUUGGUGGUGUAUCUGCUAGUAUUGAGAUGCUAAAACCAAUCACAAUUGUCCUUUUAACUAUGGUUCUUCUUGUCCGUUUCACACUUUCAAGAAGACCUAAGAAAUUCAGGAAAUGGGAUCUAUGGCAAGGCAUUCAUUUUUCUCGAUCUAAAGCAGAAGCUCGUGUUGAUGGUUCAACUGGAGUUAAGUUUAAUGAUGUGGCAGGCAUAGAUGAAGCAGUUGAGGAACUUCAAGAGUUGGUGAGAUAUUUGAAGAAUCCAGAACUAUUUGAUAAGAUAGGAAUAAAGCCUCCUCAUGGGGUUCUUCUGGAAGGCCCCCCAGGAUGUGGCAAGACGUUAGUUGCCAAGGCUAUAGCUGGUGAAGCAGGGGUUCCAUUCUACCAAAUGGCAGGCCCAGAAUUUGUGGAAGUUUUAGUGGGUGUUGGUUCUGCUCGUAUCAGGGAUUUGUUUAAGAGAGCCAAGGUAAAUAAACCAUCAGUUAUAUUCAUUGAUGAAAUUGAUGCUUUAGCAACUAGGCGUCAAGGAAUUUUCAAGGAAACAACAGACCAGCUGUAUAAUGCAGCCACUCAGGAGCGGGAAACUACUUUGAAUCAGCUACUAAUAGAGCUUGAUGGAUUUGAUACCGGGAAAGGUGUUAUAUUUUUAGCUGCUACAAAUUGUCGAGACUUGUUAGAUCCUGCUCUUCUCAGACCAGGUCGUUUUGACCGCAAGAUAAGAAUUCGUCCCCCAAAUGCUAAGGGGCGAUUGCAAAUUUUGAAAAUUCAUGCAAGCGAAGUGAAGAUCUCAGAGUCUGUCGAUUUGUCUUCUUAUGCAAAUAAUUUGCCUGGUAUGCAUUCAACUUGAGGAUUUUUCUUGAUU